AUGUUUUUGUUUCUCUCUGUUGUUUUGUGUACGCUAGUGUCGACGUCGUCUUUGUACGGUGGAGACAGCUGUUACGUUAACGAUAGACCUGGGAGUUGCAAAUUGCUCACAUCAUGCAGAAUUCUUCUGGAGGAAAUCAAACGUGCAGGUUCUCCCAUGCCGUCGUACAUGAGGAGGAAGCUGCAGGAUCUAGGCUGUGGAUUUCAACAAGAUCAACCACUUGUAUGCUGUGAAUCAGAGACAAACAUCCAUGCUGGAUUUGACUAUAGUGGAGGUCAAGGAAACGAAGCUGACUAUUGGACGUCCACGACCACCUGGAAACCGUACACAAGGAGGCCUAUUGUAGAAGUCAACAACAGAGGGGAAACCAACUCAGUAGAUCAACCUCCGAACGUGAGCAACCAUCCAAAUUUACGGUUACUCCCAGAAAACUGUGGUUCGAUUGAAAAUGAUCGAAUUUUCGGGGGGAACCGUACCUCCCUUUUCGAGAUGCCGUGGAUGGUGCUUCUAUCUUACCAAUCAGGACGUGGCACUAAACUGAGUUGUGGAGGUACUUUGAUAACAGAACGAUACGUAUUGACUGCAGCACAUUGCGUCUCCAAUCUGGGUAGUAAAUUGCGUUUAGAAGGAGUCAUUUUAGGGGACCACGAUAUUAGACAAAAUCCAGACUGUGAGAGAAUGGAUGGAGAGCUGACCUGUGCACCUCCUGCUAGGAAUGUGACCAUCGACGCUGUCAUUAAACAUCACGGGUAUAAUCCACAAACCUUGAACGAUGACAUCGCUCUUUUAAGGCUGUCAGAGCCAGCUGACUUUUCUUUGGAUAACAUGAAAGCAAUUUGUUUACCAACGACGUCGCAAUUACAAGAUGAGAAAUUGGAAGGUUUGCUAGGAGUCGUGGCUGGGUGGGGUGCAACUGAAGACGGUUUGCAGAGUCCAGUACUGCUCAGUGUUGCCCUACCCAUAAUCACUAAUAGGGGUUGCCAGUCUAUUUACAAUGAUUCACCCCACAUAUACGACCGUCAAGUGUGUGCCGGUGGUGUCCAAGACAAAGACUCGUGUGGGGGUGACUCAGGUGGACCCCUGAUGUAUCCCGGUCGGACAGACGCUGGAGUGCGUUACGUACAACGUGGAAUUGUCUCCUUCGGGUCUAAGCGUUGUGGAAUUGGCGGUUAUCCUGGCGUGUACACUAGAAUUUCAUAUUAUAUGGACUGGAUACUAGACAACAUUAGAUAA